UCAGAGGCUUUCAUUUUUAGUCUACGAAUCACAGCUCUUCUUCCUGCCCUAAACCCUAUUCCCCUCUUUCUCGCUCUCCCGCUCCGCAGUAGACCAACCUCCCGGCACUAUGAGCAGAUCAGGCCAGCCUCCAGAUCUCAAAAAGUACAUGGACAAGAAACUCCAGAUCAAGCUGAAUGCAAAUCGGAUGGUUGUUGGUACCCUUCGUGGGUUUGAUCAGUUUAUGAAUCUAGUGGUUGACAACACAGUAGAGGUGAAUGGCAAUGAGAAAACUGACAUAGGCAUGGUGGUGAUCAGAGGAAAUAGCGUUGUUACUGUUGAAGCCCUUGAACCUGUUGGCAGAAUGCAGUGAUUCUGGUUUUUCUAUUGAUUUAUCACUUUGAUGUAUCUCUUCGCUUUGUUGUUUCAAUGGCAUCCCUGCUAGUUUGGGAUUGGGAUUGGGAUAUUUUAUGUAAUUGAGAAUUUGUCGGAAGUUAGAUGGGUCUCCAUGGAAUCUGCUUUUCGUUUCUCAACUUUACCCGGUGGAUUGCCCUUUGUGCAUUUCAAACGGAUUUAACUGAAUGUAGAGAAUGGUUACUGCAAUUCUUAUUUUUAGUGCUCAGGCCUCAUUGAAA